GCCGGGGGAUUGGCGCGUGCGCACUGGGGACGCAGCCUACACGCCGGCGCGCGCUUCGGUGCGGAAGCGACUGCACUCGUGGUGUUGACGGAGGGAGCGGGCCAUGCAGUCUGAGGCCAAGAUCCACACUGAGCAUGGAACGGAUUCCAGUCCUCAGGGUCCCGGCUGCAGCCUCCGGCACUUUGCUUGCGAACAGAACCUGCUGUCCCGGCCGGAUGGCUCUGCCUCGUUCCUGCAAGGGGAUACCUCUGUCCUGGCAGGCGUGUACGGGCCAGCUGAGGUGAAGGUCAGCAAAGAGAUCUUCAACAAGGCCACACUGGAAGUGAUCCUGAGGCCGAAGAUCGGGCUGCCUGGUGUAGCAGAGAAGAGCCGGGAGCGGCUGAUCAGGAACACGUGUGAAGCGGUGGUGCUGGGGGCGCUGCACCCCCGCACCUCCAUCACCAUCGUGCUGCAGGUCAUCAGCGAUGCUGGCUCUCUCAUGGCCUGUUGCCUGAACGCCACCUGCAUGGCAUUGGUCGACGCAGGUGUGCCCAUGCAAGCCCUCUUCUGUGGGGUCACCUGUGCCCUGGACUCUGAUGGGACUCUCGUGCUGGACCCCACAGCCAAGCAAGAAAAGGAGGCCCGGGCAGUCCUGACCUUUGCACUCGACAGUGUGGACCAGAAGCUGCUCAUGUCCACCACCAAGGGGCUCUACUCCAAUGCUGAGCUCCAGCAGUGCCUGGCUGCAGCCCAAGCCGCCUCACAGCACGUCUUCCGCUUCUACCGGGAAUCGCUGCAGAGGCGUUACUCCAAGAGCUGAGGCAAGCUGGGGCAAGGUGCCCCACCCGCUGCCACCACCCACUACCUCAAGCACAAAAUAAACCAGCAGCCCAGC